UUUACCCCGGGCCUUCAGACUUCACGCGGCAUGUAACUCCCUAACGGAACGACAUUCACCACAAGACAAUAAUUCCCAUGUGCAACGCUACACUUCUCGAGUACGUCAGGUAUUUUGUUGGUAAUUACAACUAUUAACUUUGGUUGUAAUUACAUGUAUCUUAGGGUGGUUUCACAUUCGUGGUAUAGUAUGUAAAUAUAGCCCAUGGGAGCCAUCGUUUCAAAACAGCGGGAUAAGGAGAAGAACAUGGAAGGCAACCCUAACGCUGUGUCUUCAGGCAAUGAGACACACAAACUCAAUCAUGGCUACAUGUCUACGAAAGCUUCUCAACAAGCUUAUGUGACGGGACCUGGCGACAUGAGCCUACAAGGGGCAAGAGUGACUGUACAAGAACCAAUACUGCCUUAUGAAGGAACAACCGGAGGACACAAUAGACACAACUGCGUGUAUAUUACUAACUUUGACGGUGACAUUUCUGAGAUAGAAAAGUAUUUCAGCAGGAGGUACUCAUCAGACUUCAGGCAGGUCACUACUGACACUAGUGACGAUUGGGGAGACAAAAUUGUGGAAUUCAAGUCUAGGCAAGUGGCUGAAAAAGUUGCUAAAGAGGAGCACAGAGUUAAGAAGAAGACCCUCAAAGUUACUUUGGUCAACGCACCUAUGAAGAAAGUGGACAACACAGUGAUCGUCAGAGAUCAAGACAUCGGACAGGGUGGGAAAAGCACAUCGGAGGCAAACGAAAAAGGUCUGUAUCCUACAGAAACCUUGAAAAAAAUGCAAGAUUCCUCCUGGGAGGGUGAACCGACUAAAGCAGCACCGUUACCAGGCAUGCACAACUAUGACAGUGACGAAGAAGGUAGCAUCAGUCAUCAGUUACAGGUAGCUGAAGUGACAAACAAGUCGACAAGGGCCCAUGAAAUAAGUACAAACGAACAAGGGACGAACGAAUCAGUUGACGAAAUGGCCAUUACAAUAGACGCUGUAAAACUAGAAUUCAUCAAGAAGGUUCACAAAAUGGAGUUUGAGGACAUUCCUCGCAAGAACAGUGUCGUCAUCGAGCAAGAUACUGAGUCACAGCCGUGCAAAGUCACCUUUCGGACACAUAAACCCGGCAAAGGUAACGUGGAGCGUGCUUCUGAGCAGUUCAUGGAACUGUAUCGCAGAAUCUCGGCCACAUUGUCGAGGCAUAACACCAUAAAUGUACUGGAAGUCCUUCCGGAGUGCACGAUACGGAGUCUGCACAGGGCGCUCACCCUUGCCAACGCCGACGGCCGUGUCCUCGUCAAAAACUGUCUCAGUGACGAUUUUAAUGUAGUUUUCUACGGAUCUGAAACCGACGUAGAAAGUGCUAUUCAAACCUUCAUUGAAAAUUCCACCAAGAAAGAAAAUGCACCUGACAGAGACGACAACACAGCCCCACAGUCCCGUAUGACUCAUCACAUGCAGACGAUGGAUACUCAAAAUUAUGCCAGUGUUCGAACACGUAGCGACAGACACUUCGAAGCAACAGUCGGCGAUAUUACGAUAAGCGUUCAAGAAGGCGACCUCACGCAGGAAAGGGUAGAUGCCGUGGUCAACGCUGCGAACAAACGACUAGACCAUGCGGGCGGUGUGGCCCUUGCUAUCAGCAGGGCUGGGGGUAGGAAGAUACAAGAGGAAUCCGACGAAUAUGUGAAGAAAAGCGGUACCCUAACCAUCGGGCAAGCUAUGCACACAGGGGCGGGUAAGAUGCCGUGUAAAUACGUCAUUCACACAGUGGGACCGAAAUGGCACAGCCACGGAGACAAAGACACCGUGAAGGCACAACUGUAUGAAGCAUUGCACAAUGUUCUGUACUACGCGACCAGCAGACUAAAAGCUACGUCAAUCGCCAUUCCAGCUAUAAGUGCAGGAAUUUACGGGGUACCAGUCGAAGUUUGCGCUGAGCAACUCGUGUUGGCAACACUGAAGUUCGUCCACUCAUCACCUGGAAACAACACCCUUCGUGACAUCAGGUUCGUCAACAUCGAUGGCCAAAUCAACCGCGUCUUUGUGCGAGCCUUCAGUGGCAGUCUUCCACCAAACCCCACGGAGCCACCGCAUCGGUCUCAAGCCACCACUGACGACGACUGCCCCAUCUGUUUGACCAACGUUGUACGACCAAGAAGACUCCGUUGCUGUAACAAUGUAUUCUGUUAUGAUUGUAUCGAGGAAGCUUUUCAGGUCAAACCUGUGUGUCCUACCUGUGGCCAUCAACACGGAGCACUGAAAGGCACCCAGCCGGCCGAAGCAACUAUGGACAACAGAAACAGUCCCCAACCACUUCCAGGCUACAACUGUGGAACCAUAGAGAUUCUCUAUAGUAUACCGGAUGGUUAUCAGCAGGAGAACCACCCGAAUCCAGGUAUGCCAUACAAGGGAACAAAGAGGAUGGCUUUCCUACCAGACAACAGCGAAGGGCGAGAGGUUCUCCGGUUGCUGAAGAAGGCCUUUGACAAUCGGCUUGUCUUCACCGUAGGGACAUCGGCGACAACCGGCGAAACGGACGUUGUGAUCUGGAACGACAUUCACCACAAGACAAGCCGAAAAGGAGGGGCAUCAAACUAUGGAUACCCGGACCCAGACUAUCUUAAAAGGGUGACGGAAGAGCUUGCGGCGAAAGGCAUCAGAUGAAAUUCACAUUCCGAAAGAUAUCCCAGAUGACACACGAAGAAAAACCUUCGGCGAAAGAUGUAAUAUGUAAGAUUAUUGAUCUUUGAACAAAAAAAA